AUGAACCCCGUCGGGUCCAAAGGGGGGAAGGAGUCCCUGAAAAUAAGCCCCGACAACAACUUUUACCGGCGGCUGGUGUCCAAGGAGCCCUCCGCCGCCGUGUCUUCCUUCCGGAGCUACGACGACGCCGGCGCCGGCGCCGCGGUCCCGUUCGCGUGGGAAUCUUGCCCGGGCACUCCCAAGCACCCAGUCGGCGCCGUAGGCGGCGGCGGCACGAUCCUUCUGCCGCUCAAUCCUCCGCCGCCGUACCAGCGCAAACCCGGGAGGGCGGUAGCGAGGAAGCAGCCCUCUUGGCCUUACCUCUUCGGCGACGUCCUGCCGAGGCUCUUCUCCCGGAGGAAAAGACGCUCCCCGCCCUCAUCGUAG